AUGUUAAUCCCAGUAAGCAUUUUGUUGCUUCUAAUCACUUAUGCCACUAAACAAGAUUCAUUAGAGGAUGAUCCUAAGAUAUUUGAGGAUUUAACAAAUGAGUCAAUUACUCGCCUCGGGCUAUUCGAACCGCUGCCGCCUUUGCCGCAGAUGACCAGUGUACGACGCGUAAUACCGGGGCCUCCAGGCAUCAGACCACCGCCAGGAUUCAAAGAACAAGAAUUCGGCGAAGAAAUGGUGGUGGUUUCUGCCAAUGGAAGCACGAGGAUAAUGGGAGUUUCUCGACGGAAACCGCGACCAGACGAAUCUGUGGGAGAUGAGGAAGACUAA